GGUAGAUGGCGCUGAUGCACCGAAAACCAAACCGCCGAACCCCCCUAAAAUCUGAAGAAGAAGAGCCGCCAGAAGAGCGCAUGAUGGGAUAUGAGAGUCCUCCGGCGGCGCGCUGCCGCCAUGUCACCUAGGGAGAAGCACUUAGCUGUUCUCUCUGCUUUAGGCGUAGUUAGUCUUGCUCUAUAUUAUAUUCCUACUUUUCUUUGCGCGACUUUAAUUCUUGUAGUGUGUUGUAUUGUGUGUUACUAUCACAGCGGAGAACCGCUUCCCGCCAGGUUAGGCCUCAAUCCGCGGGCUGGGCUGAAGGUCCCAGCCGUGCUCCGGCGCUGGUUGUGGGGUUGGGGAGUGACCGGCGUGUCCGUAGCCGCACGGGGGAGAAGAAAGAGCGGCAGAAACAAAAACGAGCUACCGGAGGCAGAGGGACACUUCAGAGGAAGGCUCAUUGAAACCGGGAUUUAUCGUAGGGAAAGCUUGGCAAGUGACUCGUUUCUUUUCAGCCCUCGGGAUUUCCUAAUGGGGAGUUACAUCGGGAAACCCGAAAGUCCAACCGCCGACUGCGGGAGGCCGAGAGCAGGGAGAAAUCCUCGAGAGCAGCUGCGGGAAAAGCUGUCCAGACCCAACCAUGCUGUCUAUACCCCAAACAGGAGGCUGUCGUUUGCUGGGGAACCGCCGGGCACAGUCGGCAGGUUCACCAUCACCCCCCAGCGUCACUAUCCCCUGCAGCAGCCGGGUCUAUCGUCAGUGGGAGUCCUACCUCCCGUCAAGUGGGAUGGCUUCAUGAAGAAAAACAUCCGUAGCCCUCGUAACUCUCCGGGUGUCCUCAGCCCCGUCACUGUGAAGAUCGCCAGGCCAGACCACCACAGCUCCCCUGGUUUGGACCAUCUGAGUUGUGCAGGGCUUCCUAGGGCCCCUGUGGACCCCUGCUCCAGAGAAAGUGUCCUCAAGGUGUUGAAGGAAAGCCGCAAGAGAGAAGUGGAGGAUGAGGACCGAAGCUUUGCCUCUGAGCAGAAAAGGAAAAGAAGGCGUAAUGACAGCGGUGGAAGUGCACACUCUGCUUUUGAACCUCUUUUGCCCAAUGGGAUGCCAUCGCAGCUGGUCCCUAAGCCAGGAAACCUGAAAAGAGGUAUGACUUCACUGGCGGAGGAUUCUAUCAUGAAGAGGUCUCGCACCUCUUCCAUCAGCUCUGGCAGUGGGGUCCAUGCCCCGAGAGGAACCCCAGGCACCAGGAGAAACCCUAUCCAGAGCUCUUACAGCUCUUCACUAGGCCUCAGCCAGUGGAAGAAGCGGUCAGCACCCAGCUCCCCUUUGUCCAGCCCCGGAUCAUCUCGCUCUCAGACUCCAGAGGGAGCCUCCAAAAGAGCCAGAGAGGACGACGGGCAGUCUCCCAGCUCAGCAUCCUCGGUGAGGUCAGACCAGACAGCCUCAGACAAGGCACCUGUGACUUGUUUUGCAGCCAAACUGACUCCAGUCCCCAAGGUCCCAGUCACUACCUCAACAGACUCUACUGGUAGUGGUGGGAAAAGAAAACGGAAGAUCCAGCUGGUGUCGAGCCACCGGGACGAUCACAUCUCUCUGCCUCCGCCUCCAGAGCUGGGCUACUCGAUCACUGUGAAAGACCUAGAUGAAGAGAAAAAGGCUGCCCUCAGCAAGAUCCAGAAGGUCCUGGAGACACCCGCUCCAGAGCCGGAGAAGUCUUUCUCUCCCUUAGCCACCACUUCCACCCAGCCUGCCUCCUCAACCAGCUCUACCACCACCACCACCCUGAGCAGCCUUCUGGCAGCUCCUCUGCCAACCGCCUCCAGCUCUGCCAUCCCAGUCAUCAACCUGGAUCCCAGCCCCGGCAGCAGUGUCAGCACAGCACCUGCAGCCUCCAACCCACUACUGGAAGCUCUGAAAAUGAAAAUCAGCAUUCCUGCUAGCUCCACAUCUGCUGCCAACACAACUACAGUGUCCGCAUCAACCACACCGGUACUACCCAGCGGCUUAACCCUGAAGGUUUCGACUUCAGUGGUUGCCCCACAGCUCCCUCCUGCCUCCCAGUCUCAGUCCUCCUCUGCUGGUGUGGAGCAGCCCUCUGCCUUUACUCAGGUUCUGGGUCAGCUCUCCAAGGCGUCCAGCAGCACUCCCCCUGUAGCAGGAACAGGCGUGUUUGGACUGUUGAGCCAGAUCAGCACCCCCACUGCUUCUUCAGCCUCUAAUCCAGUCACCGUUACUGCAACAGCCCCAGCCAGCAGCUCAGGGUCAGUCAGUAACACCAACCCUCUGCUGGCUUCAGGGUUCAAGCCCAUUUUUUCCGUCACCGCCACCACCACCACCUCCUCAGCUACAUCAGCCCCAGACAGCAGACCUCCCGCCCAAAAUUUCAAGCCUAUCUUUGGAGCUGCCACUACCGGUGCUGGCUUUGGACCGCCUCCACCCUACACCACCUCUAACCCAGCUUCUACCGUAUGUUCAAGUAGUGCAUCCUCAAUGUUUGGCUCAACAAGUAGCACCACAGUUACACCAUCUGUCUUUCCUGGUAUGACCAACACCCCCACUGGCACAGCCUCCACCACCUCCAUCACAAGCACACAGUCUGCAGCCCAGCCAGCUGUGAAAUCCCUCUUUGGAAACUGGUCAGCACCAUCCACAUCAAGUACCAGCUCAGCCUCAGCGCAGGCCCCUAAUACAGGGAGCACCUUUCAGUUUGGAACUGGUACCACUACAACUGCAGCUGCAGGAGCUGCUGCGCCCGCUGCUGCUACCACCACCUCCAGUAACAGCACCUUCGCAUUUGGCGCCACACAGCCAGACCCCCAAGCAGCCAACCAGAAGGUAUUUGCCUUCGGCCACGCAGCAUCCAGCCAGAACACAACCACUGCUUCAUUUGGUGGCUUUGCCAUGGCCAACGCAGCCUCCACUACUGCUGCCGCCACCACCCAGUCCACCUUCACCUUUGGAAAGUCGUCGUUUCAAACACCGGCAGCACAAUCGACCUUUGGCUCCUCAACGGCAACGGCAGCGCAGUCGACCUUUGGCUCCUCAACGGCAACGGCAGCGCAGUCGACCUUUGGCUCCUCAACGGCAGCGCAGUCGACCUUUGGCUCCUCAACGGCAGCGGCAGCGCAGCCAACCUUUGGCUCCUCAACGGCAGCGCAGUCGACCUUUGGCUCCUCAACGGCAGCGGCAGCGCAGCCAACCUUUGGCUCCUCAACGGCAGCGCAGUCGACCUUUGGCUCCUCAACGGCAGCGCAGUCGACCUUUGGCUCCUCAACGGCAGCACAGCCAGCCUUUGGCUCCUCGGCGGCAACCGCAAAACCGUUCACCUUUGGAGGCAGCGGAGGAGCAUCAUCCACACCUGCCUCUAACACCGCCCCACCCCCUUUCCCUUUUGGGUCAGCUGCUGUCACCACAACAGCCGGUUUUGGGACCCCAGCUAAACCAGCAUUUGGAGCGAGCUCCACUGGUUUUGCUUUCGGUGGCACCACUGGUCCCACAGCUGCACCCUCAGCUGCACCGAGCUUUGGUGCGGCCACGCAGACUCAGAGCUCCUCUUCAGCCACCUUCGCAUUUGGCAGUGCUGCUCCUCAACAGGUUCCUUCCGGGCCUGCUCCGCCAGCACCCAGUGGAUUUAACUUUGGCGCUGGUAUGCCAUGCCCCCAGUUUGGUACACCAGUUGCCAAUAAUCCUGCACCACAGAUGGGAAGCUUCAACUUUGGGGCUGCUGCUACUGACAAACCAGCUUUCGGGACGUCUACCCCAUCCUUCGGCCAGAGUGCUGCUGCCGCAGGUCCGAUUCCCUUUGGAAGUCCUGGAACUCCAGCCCAAGGCUUCAAUGCUGUUCCGUUUGGGUCUCCAGCGACUCCCUCCUUCUCUAUCGGAGCCGGAUCAAAGCCAUCUGGAGCUCGCCAGAGGCUGCAGGCGCGGAGGCAACACAACCGGAAGAAGUAACCUGCUACUUGUGUCCAGCACCACUUUCAGAGGACUUCAGCUGUUGCUGCUGUUGCUGCUAUGGUUAAUCUGGCUAACCUUGCUCUGUUGUAAGCCCAACACCCCCGCCCCCAACCUGGCCACCAGGCCUUCCGAUUCCUUCCCCUCCUCCAGUGGGUUGAGCUGGCCCAAAACAUUGUUUGCAGAGGAGCUAGAAAGAGCACACCAGCUUGCUGAGUUAAUGCUGCCUGGAUGACUACAUGACCCAGUGAGGGAAUGUAGCAGUGAGGAGACAGAAUCCAUAACAAUGUACUAUACUUAAAGAGAGAGAGAGAAGACAAUUGAAUAGUUUGAUUCUGAACAAAAGCAUAUCCAAAGUUCUCUUUUCCUUUACAGUAUGUAGACCCUCCCAUUGGUUCGUCUUAAGGAGAAAGUUGAGUCCGGCAAAGACAUGGAGCCUUGGCUCAAACAUUUAUUUUUUUACGUGGAGCGCUCACUGGUUUGUAUGUUCGAGAAUAUUUGAGUACAUUAUCUGAAUGAGUCUGAAUAGGGUGCAAUGCACAUUUGAUUCAGAUAAGGUACACAACUCUGCAGUGUAAAUGUAAAGUUAUGAGACGUUUGCAUUUUAAAUUAUUUUUUUAAUAUGCUCUCUGACCCUGUAAGUGAAUGAUGUGUUUCUGCACUUAAAGGGUGACUUAGUAAAUGUCUUAAUGUAGUUAGUGCAGACCCUUGUGUUCUUGUUUCAUACUCUUUGUCAUUGCAAGCAUUCCCAGAGUCCUCCCAUGGACGGCCUUUUUUGAUUGUGAUUGCCAACGCUGAUGUAAUUAGCAGGUCUGUAUCUGAUUAGGGUGACUCUUAACUUGCUGACGAAACCAAAGCCAAUUCUUCAACUUCAUGCCUGUGAAAAGAAUCUGUGAUCUUUAUCUCCUCUUUAAAUCCUGAGAUGAGUUUGUUUGUGCCAAACUACCUCUCUUCACUCCAGGCACUGAAUCCAUGUUACUUCACUGAAAAAUAAAUCUGACAGGAUUGACUAGAUAGAUUUAGGUUUUACGUUUUUAAAAACACUGUUACUGUUGAUGCAGAUGUACCUUUAAUAAAUACAGUGAGUGCUUAAACAUCUGCAAAGCACCACAUUAUCCCCACUUCUGAAAUAUCACUGUUAUAAUAGAUUAUACCACAUUAACGUAACAUCAGAUUUACUAAAAAAUAGUCCGUCAAAUUGGAAACCCUCAUCUGCUUGGAAAUUACAGAAAUUUGUAAACAAGCAUUACAGUAAACCCAUUGAUGUCGGCAGUCCAUGUUAUUUUAUCAAAGAUUUCUGUUCUCCGUAAUAAUCCCCUCUUCUUGUGAAAAGUAAGCUGUAUCUGAUGCAGUUUUUGAUGGUUAAUUUUGAAUUAAUAAAACUGAAUUUUGGAUGUGGAUGUUCCAACAAGAACACA